CAAUCAUCAUAUUUAGCUGUUGCCUCCCCUUGUUUUCCAGAUGUUCAGAACUGUGUUAAAAACAUCGUAGACAUUGUUGCCAUGGAUGAAGAAAACAUUGCUACUUCCAGUUCCUCUGCUACAGAUUCUGCUUUCGAUGCCGUUAUCGGCUGCAUAGAGAACAUCAUCAUGGAGGACGAGUUUCAGCAGCUUCAGCAGAGUUUCAUGGAGAAAUACUACCUGGAAUUUGACAACUCUGAUGAGAACAAACUCAGCUACACACCCAUCUUCAAAGAAUAUGUUGAUCGACUGGAGAAACACUUGGAGCAGCAGCUGAUGGAGAGAAUCCCAGACUUCAAUAUGAAGACUUUCAUAGAGCUGCUCAUGCAGCACAAAGAAGAGGUGGCAGGUGACAUCGUUGAAAUGCUGCUGACCUUCACAGAUUUCAUGGCCUUCAAGGAGAUGUUUCUGGAAUAUAGAGCUGAGAAGGAGGGCCGAGGUCUGGACCUGAGUCCGGGACUGGUGGUCACACCUCUGAUCUCUUCAGGCUCCAAACGCAGCAGCUCGACUGAAUCAGAGUGA